UAUGCUAUAUGCCUUUCUCAUCCUUGACACAUAUCUAACUCAAUGGCUUUCUUUGUUUGCUUCUUCCUCUUCUUUCUUAUUUCAACUUCAACUGCUUGUGAUCGUUGUGUCCACAAAGCUAAGGUUGCCUAUUUUUCCAAAGCUUCAGCACUUUCAUCUGGGGCUUGUGGGUAUGGUUCCUUGGCAUUAGGCUUCAACAGUGGACACCUUGCUGCUGGUGUGGCUUCUCUUUACAAAGAUGGAGCUGGCUGUGGUGCAUGCUUUCAGGUAAGAUGCAAGAACACAAGUCAUUGUACCAAAGAAGGAACUAUAGUGACUUUGACUGAUCUCAAUCGGAAUAACCAAACAGACUUUGUUGUCAGCAGCAGAGCAUUCAUGGCCAUGGCUCAGAAGGGUAUGGGCCAAGACAUUUUGAAACUGGGGAUUGUCGACGUAGAAUACAAGAGGGUACCUUGUCAAUACAAAAAUCAGAAUUUGGCUGUACGAGUGGAAGAACCAAGCCAAAAACCAAAUUACUUGGCAGUGAAAUUUCUAUAUCAAGGAGGUCAAACAGAAAUAGUUGGUGUUGAUGUAGCUCAGGUUGGUUCUUCAAACUGGGGCUUCAUGAGCCACAACUAUGGGGCAGUUUGGGACACAAGCAGAGUGCCAUCAGGGGCAUUGCAAUUCCGGUUUGUGAUCACAGCAGGGUAUGAUGGGAAGUAUAUUUGGGCACAACAUGUCCUUCCUGCUGACUGGAAGUCAGGGGUGAUAUAUGACUCAGGGGUUCAAUUCACUGAUAUUGCACAAGAGGGUUGUUCUCCAUGUGAUGAUGAGACUUGGAAAUGAGGGAUCUUGUUAAUGCUAGUGUGAAUAUAUAUACAUAUAGGUGGGUUCCUUGUAACAUGCAUUGAAUUACCUGAUUUAGUAGCUUAGGAGAUAAGAAUACAAAUCGGAAGGGCUUAGACUUGCCAAGAAAAUAGAUGGGGCUAAAUAUGUAUGUUUCGGAAUUAUAAACUUUCCUACCAGGACAAAUUUUCA